AUGGCACCCACGAAACGCCCUCGCGACCCGGCGGACCCUGCCGCCGGUGCCUCAGCAGCCAAGAAGCACCGAAAAGGGUUCCGUGUGGGGCCCGAGAACCUUCCCGACGGAGCCUGGAAGCGCAAAGUCGACCGCAUCAAAAAGGACCUCAUCCACAAGGCCAAGGUCCGCAAGGCCUACAAGAAGGUCCGGGCCACGGAGCUCGGCGAGAGCAAGCCCCGAAAAGUCGAGAGCUCAAAACACCACAAGCGCCGCGACGGCGGCGGCGACGACAAUAACGAUGACGACGAGGAAAUGGUGCGUGGCGGAGACGCUAGCGACGGCGAUAACGAAGGCGCUGCACAAUUAGCAUCAGGCAAGGACGAGGCAGCCGACGAGGCGGGACCGGAGCACGAUGACGAGAACAACGAGGACGAAAGCCAACGCAAAGACCCGAAGAAGGCCAGAAAGAUCGUUGCCGGGGCUGAAGACAACGAUGUUACCGCCGACAACGAAGAUCAAGAUAACAACCAAGACAAACACCAGCACCCGGAGAGGCGGCGCAGAAACCAACAACAACUGCGUCGGCCGGGCUAUUUCGACAAGGCCAAGGCCGAGGCGGAUAGGAGGCAGGCCGCAGCAGCGGCACGCAAUGCCGAAUUCGAGCGACGCGACGCAGAGCGCGCCAAAAAGAUUGCCGACCGCGAGCGCUACAACCGUGCGCUGAAGAAGGCGCGGACACCUGGUCGUGACGGGCAGCGUAGACUCGGCAGAGAGUCUGGCCUGCUUCUCGAGAAGGUGAAGAGGAUGGUCGGGGAUGCGAAGUAG